AUGCUAAUGAUGUAUAAUCAUACAAAUCCAACAGAGUCGAGUACAUGGACAGAGAGUGAUCGGAUGAAAUCCAUUGCAUUUCUGGACGAGCUUGAAUUAGCAGAAAAAAUUAUAUUAAUUAUUUUCGUCAUUUGCACAACUAUUGGCAACACUUUGGUUUUGGUGGCGAUCUGGAGAGAGGCAAGUCUUCAUCCACCAAAUAAAUAUUUUGUUGUUUGUCUGGCUGUCGCUGAUCUUUUGGUUGGCAUGAUUUUAGAACCAUUGAUGGUUUAUGAUCUCAGUCUGGAUGAUGAAUCGCGACGUCACAUCUGUAUUCAUCUAUGUCAUUUUAUGGCGUGGAUAGAUACCUUCGCGUUAUCAGCAUCUAUUUAUACACCGAUAUCUCAAGCUCAGGAAGCCACUUCAAUAUAG